CGCGCAGCGCCAUCCGGCGCACCGCCCGGCGGCUCCACCCAGCCCGAGGGGCGCGGCCCGGGUGGGAGGAGGCGAGAGCGCGAGCGACACUGGCGACUCCGCUGCGCGGCAGUUCAGGUCGAUGGAGUCCUGUUGAUCCAUCUCACCUGAGAUAGAUCUGUCACCCAGACCCCAGCCGGUUCAUUUGUGCCACAGAGUAGACUGGACAUUAUUAUUAUUACCAGUGAUUUCUGCCCCAGUACCAUGUUCCUCCUGUCUAAGACCCACAUAAGGUCCAUGUGGUGUGAGAAAGAAGACUGACUGGACAUCAGGGAUUAGAAAUCAGGGCACUUAAGAAGUCUUUCAUCUGGGGAGUAGAACCUGGGCUGAUGAUCAUUUCUCUUUAGGAUUCACAGAUGGAGUCAGUGGAAAAGACAACGAACAGAAGUGAACAGAAAUCAAGGAAGUUUUUGAAGAGCCUCAUCAGGAAGCAACCCCAGGACCUGCUCCUGGUCAUCGGGACUGGCGUGAGUGCAGCAGUGGCCCCAGGCAUCCGCGCACUCUGCUCUUGGAGGAGCUGCAUCGAGGCAGUCAUCGAGGCUGCGGAGCAGCUGGAGGUCCUGCACCCCGGGGACGUUGCCGAGUUCCGGAGGAAGGUGAUGAAGGACCGGGACCUGCUGGUUGUGGCCCAUGAUCUGAUCCGGAAAAUGUCACCUCGCACGGGAGACACCAAGCCCAACUUCUUCCAGGAUUGCCUAAUGGAGGUUUUUGACAGCUUGGAACAGCACAUCCAGAACCCUGUGGUGCUGCAGUCCAUCCUCGGCCUAAUGGACAGGGGCACCAUGGUGCUGACUACCAACUAUGACAACUUGCUGGAGAUCUUCGGGCAGCAGCAGAGCAAGCCCAUGGAGUCCCUGGACUUGAAGGACAAGACAAAGGUCCUUCAGUGGGCAAGAGGCCACAUCAAGUAUGGAGUUCUUCAUAUUCAUGGCUUGUACACAGACCCCUGUGGGAUGGUACUGGACCCAUCGGGCUAUAAAGAUGUCACUCAAGAUCCAGAAGUAAUGGAAGUCCUGCAAAACUUGUACCGAACCAAGUCCUUCCUCUUUGUGGGCUGUGGAGAGACCCUGCGCGACCAGAUAUUCCAAGCCCUCUUCUUGUACUCGGUGCCAAACAAGGUGGACUUAGAGCACUACAUGGUAGUGCUCAAGGAGAACGAAGACCACUUCUUUAAACAUCAAGCAGACAUGCUUCUGCAUGGAAUUAAAGUGGUGUCCUAUGGGGACUGUUUUGACCUUUUCCCAGGCUAUGUGCAAGACCUAGCCACUCAGAUCUGCAAACAGCGAAGUCCAGAUGCUGAGCGAGUGGACAGCACCACCUUACUGGGCAAUGCAUGUCAGGAUUGUGCGAAGAGGAAGUUGGAAGAAAAUGGAAUUGAAAUUACAAAAAAAGUCCGACGGUCAGACACUGAUGAUGCUGGAGGGUCUUGAAGAUUUUAAAACUUGAACCUUGAAAACCAGCCUUCUGUAACCACAGUGCCAUGCCCAAGUAAUGAGGAAUGUACAGAGGACUCCAUAUGGAUCUCAGUAGAGAACUGUUACACACCCCAGAAGAGCCAUGUGGGUGUGUGGCCUUCGUGGUUGAAUGACAGAGCUCCACUAUGUGCUUAGCUGCUCAGGAGGUGACAUGGACACACUUCAGGUAUACUCUGUAAGGACUAAUGGACAGCUACCUCAGGGACCAAAUUGGGAGGUGGGAGGUAGGAUGUACCUGGCAUUGUUCCCUUUUCCCAUUUGACAUGUUUUCUUAUGUCAGGGUGUUAUUUUUCCUGAUACAUGGAGGAGAGUGAAGACUGUCCAAGCAACAGUAGUUGCCAAAGAGAAAAUAAGACAUAAACAUUUAUAUUUUAUACCUUUAUGUAGAAACAUCUUUUACAGUAGAAAGUUUUUUAAAGAUGUGUUGGUUUCAUUGUUAAAUAGUAAAGAAUGAGUGGAUAGUAGAGGCGUUGAACCCACUAGUGAAAAUGGUUGUUUUUAAAGGGAUAACUAGAUCAGUUGGGUUUUUUUGGAAUUGUGACAUUUCAGUAAUUUCUGUUCCAAAGAAAUGGUAGACUGCCUGGUAGGAAGUGUUAAGUCCAGAGUCCGAAGACCUCUUUCAAAGUCUUUAGUGCUGUCUAGAUCCACUUUGUGACUUAGAAGUUCGAAAGUCAAAGGGAAGCACAAGACCAAGCUUUACACUUUCAGAUCUUAAGUUCUAAGCUUUCCAAGUCUUAUUUCUCUAGGAUAAGGCCCAUCUUUUCUGUUCUCUCUUCCCAUGGUUCAUAUUAAGAUUUACACUGAGUGGGGUAGGCAAGUCUUUGAAAGGGCUUGCCACAUUUGAACUACAUUCAAGGUUUACUUCUGGCAAACACCCAUGCUCAGAGCACUGCACAUGGCGAGUUCCUCUGAGAGGGACUAUGGCAAAGGCUCACGUUAUGCAGAGUGGUCCUGAAAGGAAGACUUCUUAGAAAAAGGUCCUGCAUGGCUCAUUUGAGGCUACUAAUCUUUGAUAUGUCAAGCUCUUUACUAUCUUGCCAAGCCCUGCCUAUGACAUUGCAUGGAUGGCACUGUAGCUCCCAAGGGAACAGGGAUAAUUAAGAACAGGAAACAUAGGUUGAGACAGGGAAUGAGGGAGAAGCCAGAAAAGGCUAAAGACCUACCCCUCCCUUUUUAAGUGUGGAAAAUAAAUCUUUUAUGUCACUGGUUAUAAAUAAAAUUUUAAAGUCAA